AAUGCAACACAUUGGAUUCCAAGCACCGUUAAACCUCAGAAAAAGAAGAAGUUAAACCUCAGAAGAAGAAGACUUCCCGAGGGCUGAGAGGAGAGUGGAUCCAGCGUCCAAGGUCUGUUUGAGGGUGAAUGGGGUGACAGCAGAAGAGAGGGUAAUGGACUAGUACAGGGUGACAGGCUGCCAGGGAGCCGAGAGGAGGACAGGUGAGGAGUGGUGCUAUUGGAGCUUUAGCUGCUAGCGGAACGCUAUUAGUGUGGGAUGUUACGCUGGACAACCCACCUGGAAGGAGGGCCGCGGAGGGUGAACCAUGCUGCUGUCUCCGUGGGACACAAGGUGUUCUCCUUCGGAGGGUACUGCUCUGGAGAGGACUACGAGACGCUGAGACAGAUAGAUGUACACAUCUUUAACACAGUUUCUCUGCGGUGGAUGAAGUUGCCUCCAGUGAGAACAGGUGGUAGGGAACAUGCCAGGGAUGUCCCCUACAUGCGUUACGGUCACACAGCCGUGCUCCUGGACGAUACCAUCUACAUCUGGGGGGGUCGUAACGACACGGAGGGGGCCUGCAACGUCCUCUAUGCCUUUGACAUCAACAACCACCGGUGGUUCACCCCUAAGAUUUCUGGGACAGUUCCGGGGGCGAGGGAUGGCCACUCUGCCUGCAUCCUGGGGAAGGCCAUGUACAUCUUUGGAGGGUACGAGCAGCUGGCUGACUGUUUCUCCAAUGACAUCCACAAGCUGGACACCACAACCAUGGCCUGGUCACUAAUCAAUACAAGGGGUACUCCUGCCAUCGUCAUCACCAACCCUCUCCCAACUCCUCUCCCCAGGGGUACUCCAGCUCGUUGGAGGGACUUCCACUCUGCCACCAUCAUUGGCACUAAGAUGUUUGUGUUUGGAGGCAGAGCAGAUCGCUUCGGUCCGUUCCACUCUAAUAAUGAGAUCUACUGCAACAAGAUAAAGGUGUUUGAUACAGAGACCAACAGCUGGCUGAACACUGCUACUGCUCAGCUCCCACCAGAGGGACGACGUAGCCACUCAGCCUUUUCCUGUAACGGGGAGCUGUAUAUAUUCGGGGGCUACAACGCUCGUCUGGACCGACACUUCAACGACCUUUGGAAGUUCAACCCAGAGACGUUUUCGUGGAAGAAGGUAGAGCCGCAGGGUAAAGGUCCGUGCCCCAGGAGGAGACAGUGCUGUUGCAUGGUGGGAGAUCGGAUCAUCCUGUUUGGAGGAACCAGCCCAUGUCCAGAACAGGGGAUGGGAGAUGAGUUUAACCUCAUGGAUCAUUCUGACCUCUACAUACUAGACUUCAGUCCUAAUCUGAAGACAUUAUGCAAGCUAGCUGUUAUUAACUACAGUCUUGACCAGGGUGGUCUACCACAUGACAUCAGGUGGGAGCUGAACGCCAUGACCACCAACAGUAACAUCAGCAGACCUAUCUUCUCCUCUCAUGGCUAAACUGACCCAGAACCCCAGGGCUGAACUGACCUCAAAACUACCACAAUACCAGAACACCAGGGCUGAACUGACCCAGAGCUGCCACAGUACCAGAACACCAGGGCUGAACUGACCCAGAGCUAGCUGGCUGUCAUAGUACCAGAAGAUGAUCCACCAUCUGAGCUGGCCUUUGACACUACUAGAACCUGGCAGAGAACCCUACGGUCUGCCCUUAACCAACUGCACUUAGCUCCAGCAAUAUCAGGGCUGACUCCACCAGAACCUUAACGCUCUGAAGUCCUGUCAGUAAAACCAUGUUUCUGGUUGUCCUAGGUCUGGUUCUCUACCUGCCAGGGCUGUUUGAAUCUACUGGACCUGAAGACCUGGAGGCUGUCUGCCUGUCUGUUUUUACAGUAACAUUUUGAUCUGGUCUGAAUUGGAAUUUUCUUCUUCCUUGGUUUGUCUAUGUAUCGCUCUCUCUCUCUCUCUCGCUUCUCUUGUUGUCCUCCCUGGACACUAUCAGGAGGGGGUGAAUGGUGCAUUAGUAUCUGGGUUUGUGUUGCUCUCUUUCUCAAUGUGAAUCACCUUGAUCGUUUUACCAGUAUUACGACAAGCAGAACAUAUUCUUCACUCAACACUGAUUUCUCUUUCUUGAAAGAGUUGCAGAAGUAAAUGCUGACAUUUUGACAUUUA